ACGUGGGGCGGCGCGAUGGCGGAGGAGGAGCGGGCGCUGCUGGGCCCGGGGCGCGAUGGCGGCGGCUCCGGCUCCGGCUCCUCCCCGGGCCCCCCCCGGGCCCUGCCCGCGCUCUGCGACCCGCGGCGCCUCCCGCACCGCCUGCUCGUCCUCGCCCUGAUGUGCUUCCUGGGCUUCGGCAGCUACUUCUGCUACGACAGCCCGGCCGCGCUGCAGACGCAGGUGCAGCGGGACAUGAAGGUGAACACGGCGCAGUUCAUGUCGCUCUACGCCUGGUACUCCUGGCCCAACGUGGUCCUUUGCUUCUUCGGAGGCUUUCUGAUCGACAGGGUGUUCGGGAUACGGUUGGGAACUAUAAUAUUUAGUGUCUUUGUUUGUGUUGGGCAGGUGAUUUUUGCUUUGGGAGCACUGAUCAAUGCUUUCUGGCUGAUGGAUGCAGGCAGAUUCAUAUUUGGAAUAGGGGGAGAGUCCUUGGCUGUGGCACAAAACACUUAUGCAGUCAGUUGGUUUAAAGGCAAGGAGUUAAACCUGGUGUUUGGAUUACAGCUCAGCAUGGCCAGAAUUGGGAGCACAGUGAACAUGAAUAUCAUGGGAUGGAUAUACUCCAGAGUUCAAGAUCUCCUGGGAUAUACUGGGCCCAGCACUCUUGGGUUAACUCUCAUGAUAGGUGGGGUAACGUGUCUCUUAUCACUGGCCUGUGCCUUAAUCCUGGCUUAUCUGGACAAGAGAGCAGAGAAGCUCCUGUGUAAAGAGCAAGGGAAAACAGGUGAAGUGAUUAAGCUAACGGAUGUCAAGGACUUCUCCUUGUCCUUGUGGCUUAUUUUUGUCAUCUGUGUCUGUUACUAUGCAGCAGUUUUUCCUUUCAUUGGGCUUGGAAAGGUUUUCUUUAUUGAGAAAUUCAAAUUCUCAUCUCGAGAAGCAAGUGCAAUUAACAGCGUUGUGUAUAUCAUCUCAGCACCCAUGUCUCCAGUCUUUGGGCUCCUGGUGGAUAAACUUGGGAAGAACAUCAUCUGGGUCUUGUGUGCUGUAAUAACUACACUUGCUUCUCACAUUAUGUUGGCUUUUACCUUCUGGAACCCCUGGAUAGCAAUGUCCUUGCUGGGAGUGGCCUACUCACUGCUUGCCUGUGCCCUGUGGCCCAUGGUGGCCUUUGUUGUUCCAGAACACCAGCUGGGAACUGCUUAUGGCUUCAUGCAGUCUAUCCAGAACCUGGGGCUGGCAAUUAUUGCUAUAGCAGCUGGGAUGAUUCUGGACACAAGAGGAUACUUGUUUCUUGAAGUCUUCUUCAGUGCUUGUGUUUGCUUGUCACUCAUAGCUGUAGUCAUGCUGUAUUUUGUGAAUCACCUCACAGGUGGUGAUCUAAACUGGUCUGCAAAGAAGAGGGAGAAACUGCAAAAAGCAGCUGCCACUGAAGCGGAGGAACAGGAGAGGCUCAGGCGUCAAAAUGAAGAUGACUUGGCUAAAUUGCAGCCAAAAGCUGAUGACUUUAGUUUAAGGAACAAAUACCUCUCCAGACUAGGCACUCGGCUACCAGAUAAUUACUCCUCCUAUUUCUCAACAAUGGCACACAGAAGCCUCCUGAAGUAGCAUCUUGCCCCACUUGCAAAAAGCAGAAAUACACUGAAGUUCAUGGCACACAAAACUUAGUUUCCAGAACUGACAACUACCCCAGCAAAAGCAGAGUGAUGCCACCCUACUUUUCUGCAAACCUAGGUCCUGUUUUUAGAAAUACUUGGCUUAAGCUGCCCCUCUACACUGGGUAAAUAACACAGGUAUGGAUGAAGAACCACCUGGCUGGUUGGACCCACGUGCUGCAGCCUCCUGUCUAAAAUACUCAGUGAUUAGCUCCAGUCAGUAGCAAAGACUUGUUCUCUUCAUGUGAGCUUUGGUAUCACAGAGCUGGGGAUUGAGCCUUGGCUGAAGUUGGACAGCCUGAUUACCGUGUGGGAAAUGGUCUGUUCCAUUUUGCUUACAGAAAAAUGAGAGGGGAAGAUGGCCUGUUUUUUAUUUCUGUCCAAGCAAAUAUUCCAGAGGAAACAGAGCUGUUCAAUGUCAGUGUUGCAGUUCUGGAAGUGCUAGCCCUGGGAUUCAACACCAGCUUAGCAAUGACCUCGUGUAAGUCCCAAUUAAUGUGAAAAUGGGUGUGCUUUUAACAGGUUGUAACUACAAAUAAGUUAAAUGCACUGUUGUAGUACAAAUAUAUAUAUUUUUUUGCCUAUAGUAAUUUAAGCAGAACUUCUAGAACUCUUGGUCUAAAGGUUGGGUUUUUUUAAAGAGACUUUUCAGUGGAGAUUUUUGGUGUUUUUGAAGGAGAUCACCACCUUCCUGAAGGACUAAGCCAGGGCUAUUUUGGUUCACAGUUCUGCAUUCUGAAAAACAAUCCAGGAAAAUAAAGUAGUAGUUGGGAGCUGUGCUGAGUUUGGUGCUGAAGUCACCAACCUGUGCUAAUUCUUAUUGGUGCUCUCUGGGCUCCCUCAGAACCAAACACUGUCAGAUCUCAGGUUGGUUGGUGCAAUUGGUUUGUUUCUUCCUUGUAGACUUGUGAAUUCUGGGUCUUUCUUAAUAAAAGCUUUGAAUGGA